UUCCUCCAGUUCCUCUGUAACCCGUGUUUCCACUUGGGCGCCGUCACCAGCUCCCCAAAGAAACCCUAACCCCCAAAUCCCCAAUCUCUCUAUCUGAGACGCCUCCAUCCACCCACAAAAUGGGGAGAAAACGAAAGCUCGACGCCAACAACACCGAGUCCUCCGAGCCCUCCAAGAAACAACAACCGGUCGUUGAAGAAGAGGAACCCAAACCCCAAAACGAACCAGCAGAGGAAGUAGUCGAAGAAGAAGAAGAGGAAGAAGUUGAAGAAGAAGAAGAGGAGGAAGAUGAACCGGAAGAAGACAAAGAAGAUGAAGGAGAGGAAGAGGAAGAGGACGAGGAUGAAGAAGAACCUGGUGUUGAGUAUAAGCAAAACGAGAACGUGACGACGACGUCCACGUCGGCAGCUUCGGAUCUGGGGGGGGGGGGCGGGCGGCCGAUCCAGAAUCUUCUAGAACCCUUCAGCAAGGACCAGCUUAUUGCCCUGCUCCGCGAAGCAGCCGAUACGCAUGGUGACGUAUCUGAUCGGAUCCGUAAGGUCGCAGAUGAGGACCCGAUCCACCGCAAGAUCUUCGUCCACGGGCUCGGAUGGGACACCAACGCCGAAACCCUAACCAGCGUGUUUAAGGAGUACGGUGAGAUUGAGGAUUGCAAGGCUGUGUGCGAUAAGGUCUCUGGUAAGUCCAAGGGUUAUGGCUUCAUUCUUUUCAAGACUCGUUCUGGGGCUCGAAAAGCCCUAAAGCAGCCGCAGAAGAAGAUCGGCAAUCGGAUGACUGCGUGCCAGCUGGCGGCUAUUGGCCCAGGCCCGGCUCCGAGUGCCGCUGCCGCUGUGCCUGUGGCGGUCCAGGCGGCCCAGUCACAGACAGUGUCGGAGUACACGCAGAGGAAGAUCUAUGUGAGCAAUGUUGGGGCUGACUUGGAACCCCAGAAGCUGCUGAUGUUCUUUUCUAGGUUUGGAGAAAUUGAGGAAGGGCCACUGGGGCUUGAUAAGAUGACUGGGAGGCCUAAAGGAUUUUGUUUGUUUGUGUAUAAGUCGCCAGAGAGUGCAAAGAGGGCAUUGGAAGAGCCGCACAAGAAUUUUGAAGGCCACAUUUUGCAUUGCCAGAAGGCUAUUGACGGUCCAAAGCCGGUCAAGUCUCAGCACCCGAACCAGCACCACCACAAAUCCCAUAAUUCCAAGUUUCAGAGGAAUGAUAAUCCGGGUUAUGUUGGUGGAGCUGCGGCAGGAAUGGGGCAUUUGAUGGCGCCAGCAAGUGGUGGGAUUGGGUUUAACCAGGGUGCUGCGGCCGCCCAGGCAUUGAAUCCCGCACUUGGGCAGGCACUGACUGCAUUGUUUGCGACUCAGGGGGCUGGUUUGGGGCUGACAAACCUUUUGGGAACUUUUGGAACGGCUCCGAAUGUGAACCCAGGUGUUCCUGGUGCAGGACAUGCCAUACAGGGUGGGUAUGCGAAUCAGGCAAGUAUAAGCCCUGGAAUGAUGGGAAGCUAUGGAAAUCAAGGUGCAAUGCAAGGUGGCUACCCGAACCCGCAGAUAGGGCAAGGUUGUUCAGGAAGAGGGCAGCAUGGUGUUGGGCAAUCUGGUGGCGCUCCUUACUUGGGGCAUUAGGUGCCCCUGAGAUCCCAAAUAGGUGCAUCAGUGUUUUUGUACUGGUCUGGUGAUUCUUCUGAAGUUUAAAAGGAGCUGAUGGUUACUACAAAGAGCAGAAUCUUAAAACUGUCAAAUGAAAUUUCUGUUUUCCUUCCCUUUUCUGUCUUUUCCUUCUUCAAAGUACUGUAGUUUUUUUAAUUUUAUUUGUUUGAAAGAUCAAGAGUUUGAGAAAUUCUCUUACAAACCUAUCUGUGUUUUAUGGAGUCGCGAGGUUGAACAAAAAUACUUUUUAAAUUCCCAAUCCUAUGGAUUAAAUGAACUUUAUAAUGUAGUUUUUCUUCUGCAA